AUGAAGGUUCUCAUCGUUCUUUACUCUGGUGGCCAGGCCGCCAAGGAGCAGCCCCGCCUCCUCGGCACCACCGAGAACAAGCUCGGCAUCUAUGACUGGCUGGUCAAGGCCGGUCACGAGGUUGUCGUCACCGACGACAAGGAGGGACCCAACUCCGCAUUCCAGAAGAACAUUGUUGAUGCUGAGAUUCUCGUUACCACGCCGUUUCACCCAGGCUACCUCACCAAGGAGGUCAUGGACAAGGCCAAGAACCUCAAGCUCUGUGUUACCGCUGGUGUCGGUUCCGACCACAUUGACUUGAACGCCGCCAACGCCAGGAAGAUCACUGUCGCCGAGGUGUCGGGCUCCAACGUCGUGUCCGUUGCCGAGCACGUCAUCAUGACCAUGCUCGUUCUUGUUCGCAAUUUUGUCCCGGCCCAUGAACAGAUUAUCGCCCACAAGUGGAACGUCGCCCAGGUGGCCCGCGACGCUUACGACCUCGAGGGCAAGGUUAUCGGUACCAUUGGGUGCGGCCGUAUUGGUUACCGUGUCCUGCAGCGUCUCGAGGCCUUCAACCCCAAGGAGCUCCUGUGGUUCGACUACACCGACCUCCCCGCCGAUGCCGCUAAGGCCAUCAACGCUCGCCGUGUCGCGACUCUUGACGAGCUGCUGUCCUCUUGUGAUGUUAUCACCGUCAACUGCCCCCUGCACGAGGGCACUCGCGGCUUGAUCAACAAGGCGGCCAUUGCCAAGAUGAAGAAGGGUGUCUGGCUCAUUAACACCGCCCGUGGCGCCAUCUGCGACCGCAUGGCUGUCGUUGAGGCUCUCGAGUCGGGACACCUUGCAGGCUACGGCGGUGACGUCUGGGACGUUCAGCCCGCACCUGCCGACCACCCCUGGCGCGACAUGCGCGCUCCCAACGGAAAUGGAAACGCCAUGGUUGCCCACUACAGUGGCACUACCAUCGAUGCGCAGGAGCGCUACGCCAACGGCACGAAGGAGAUUAUUGACAACUAUCUCCAAGGCAAGCCGCAGAACCCGGCCAACAUCAUUGUGGAGAAUGGUGACUACGCGUCCAAGGCUUACGGCCAGCGCAAGUAA